CUCGCCGCCGCCCUCGCCGUCGCCUGCGUGGCGGCGGCUUCCGCGCAGGCCGGGACGGCAGGCUCCGGCUCCGGCUCCGGCGCCGGCGGGGCGGUGCCGUCGUGCGCGGCGAAGCUGGUUCCCUGCGCGGCGUACCUCAACUCCACGUCCGCGCCGCCGGCGGCCUGCUGCGCCCCGCUCAAGGAGGCGGCGGCCAACGAGACGGCCUGCAUGUGCGCCAUGCUCCUCAACAAGGCCGCGCUGCAGGCGUUCGGCGUCGCGCCCGAGCAGGGGCUCGGCCUCGCCAAGCGCUGCGGCGUCACCACCGACGCCUCCGCCUGCGCCAAGUCCGCCACCACCGCCGCCACCGCCGGUGCAGGUGCAGCCACUGGCAGCGGCGCUGCAGCAUCUUCAGCUUCCACUGGCGGCUCUGCUUCUACAGUGACCAAACCAACAGCCAACGGAGGCGUCGUGAGGCAUCGCCUAAGCUUGACCGACGCAUCGGCCUUGGCAGGCUUCAGUUUCAUCUGGUGGGCGAUCAUGGCGUAAUAGGAGUUACCAAGCUGCUUCACAUUUGCCUGGAUAUUACCUAGAUGGUAUCAGCAGAAUUUUUUUGGUGGAUUCGGACUUGCGUAAUGUUCCACUAUGUGUGCCUAUCAUCUGGUUACAGUUACAACUUCGUUUUGGAUAGCCAGUUGGUUUCCUGUUAUUUUGUGCAGAACAUGAGAAUUUGAAGGAGAAUGGAAACAACGAAAAACAAGUUUCAGCUUCUUCAAGAAUGCACCAUGAUCAUUAUGUUAUCACGAAGAACAUUUGAAGUCGAUCGCUGUAGCCAAUAAACUGAACGGGACUUGUUUUUAUGCAUGCUGUCGAGUCUUCGAAACAAUAAAGUUUUGAACGGAAAGAACAGACUUCCAGUUCA